GGAUUGUGUAGACUGCAGAUAUAGAUUCACCAAUUUCCCACUGCACUUUCUUCGCCGCCGCUACCACCGUCGCCAACCACCGUACUUUCCCCGUUCUUUCUUCAGGACAUGGUAUAAUCUAACUAGGACAGUCUCAAUAGUUCAACAUGUCAAUUCACGGAUGCUCUCCUUAAUCUCUUAGUAGGGGCGUGAUUAAUUUCCUUUGUUAUUUGUUUACAUCAUACAAGAUGAGCAGAUCUGAUCGUUUGAAGGAGAAGCUUGGAAAAAGUAAUUGGUUUUCUGUGGAUAAUUAUGAUGAAGAGAGCGCAGCCCGUACAAGGCCAAUUAGUUUUGAAGAGAUUAUGCUUAGAAGAAGUAACAAAGAAUUGCUUGAAAAUGUAAAGGACCCUGCCAAGGAAGCAUGGAAUACAUCACCUGGAGGUUCUUCAGAGAAAAUUGCUGAUCAUGUUGAGUCUGAAAGAAUUGAUAGAGAUGAUAAAAGUUCAUCCUUCGGCACGGAGAAACAUGCUUUGGAGGAGCCAGUGAAUGUAAGUUCUAGAAAGAAGGUUGAGAGCACGUAUGUAAAGAAAGAUGAUUUAACUGAAGGGGAUGAUAGAGCAAACUAUAUUUUAGAAACCAAAUCAAGUACUGCAUUAAAUGAUAAAGGCAGAGUAACUAAAGAUAAGACUGGUGAAGAGAUGCAUGGUUGGAGAAAAAAUGAGCGAAUUAGUGAUAACUCUCAGUAUAAAGCUGGAAAUAAGCAUUCAAGAGAAUCAGUUAAUAAGGAUUGUUAUGCAGAAAUAAGUAGAUCAAAAUCUGAAAGGAACAAAAAGAGAAAAAACCAAAUUGGAGAUGAUGAGAAUCCUGACAAGUAUCAUACUGAAAGGAAGCAUGACAAAGAAAGACAUGAUAGGUGGAAAAUGAAAAAGCGGUUAAGCAAUAAUUCUGAAGAAGUACGUGAAAAGAAGUAUCAUAGAGAUUCAGAUAAGGAUAAGCAUGCAGAGGGUAGAGCAAAAUAUGAAAGAGAUAUCAGGAGAAAAUACCGUAACGGAGAUGAUGAAGCACAAGACAGAAAUGCAACAAGGAAACAAGAUCUUGUGAAACACCAUAACCCACACAUUUAUGAGAGGAAGGAGAAGCGGGAAAAGGUGAAGUCACAUUAUGAAGAAUCAACAGCAAAGAGGAGACAGUCAAGAAGUCGAGAGCGUGAAGAUAGAAGAAAGUCCUCUUCUUUUUCACCCAGGGCACAAAAACAUACUUAUCAUGAUGGAGAGCGUGAAGAGUCGUCUAUGCUUUCUCUGAAAGAUAGUUCUAGAAAAAAGCAUACUGAUGUUGAUAGAAGCAGAGUAUCAACUAAUGGUUCUAGUAGUCACCAUCAUCGACAUGGUGGCUCUACGAGUGGACUUGGCGGCUAUUCUCCGAGGAAGAGGAAAAGUGAAGCUGCUGUUAAGACUCCUUCCCCAUCUAAGCAUUCUUUAGAGAAGAAACGUGCUGGAUGGGAUCUUCCCCCUGUAGGGACAGAUAAUCCUUCUCCAGCUUUUGUUUCUUCUAGUUUUCAAUUAUCAAAUUAUACUGUGUUAUCCAACAUGCAUGAUGUGGCUUCGGCUACUUCCCUGGAUCUAGCCAUGGUGAAGCCUCUGCCAGUUUCUUUUCUGAACGAUGUAUCAGCAGGGAAGAAUGCCAACAUUGGUUCUGUCCAACUGACUCAAGCUACCCGGCCUAUGAGAAGGCUUUAUCUUGAGAAUCUACCAGCUUCGGCCUCUGAGAAAUCUGUGAUGGAUUGUUUCAAUAACCUCUUGCUCUCUGUUGGUGUAAAUCAUAUCCAACAAGCUCAACCAUGUAUCAGCUGCAUUUUGCACAAGGAUAAGGGCCAAGCACUUGUAGAAUUCCUUACAGCUGAGGAUGCAUCAACGGCUCUUUCUUUUGAUGGAAGUACAUUAUUUGGCUCCAUCGUGAAAAUUAGACGCCCCAAAGACUAUGUUGAAGUUGCAACUGGUGAACCAGAGAGAUCAGUGGAUACUGCUGUCACAAUAAGUGAUGUUGUAAUUGAUUCACCUGAUAAGAUCUUCAUUGGUGGAAUUUCAAAUCAUCUUUCUUCAGAGAUGCUUGUGGACAUUGCUGGUGCAUUUGGAUCUUUGAAGGCUUACCACUUUGAGACGGACGACAGCAAUGGAUCACGUGCUUUUCUGGAGUAUGUGGACCACUCUGUUACCGUCAAAGCUUGUGCUGGUUUGAAUGGUAUGAAGCUGGGAGGGGAAGUACUUACAGUUGUUCAGGCUAUGCCUAAUGCAUCAUCAUCCUUGGAAAACGGUAGUAAACCACCAUCUUAUAGCAUUCCAGAGCAUGCAAAGCCACUGCUCAGAAAGCCAACAGAAGUAUUAGAGAUUAAAAAUGUGUUCGCAUUGGAGUCUAUUUUGUCUCUAUCUGACAUGGCGAUUGGAGAAAUUUUGGAGGAUGUACGAUUGGAAUGUGCAAGAUUUGGGUCUAUCAAAUCAAUUAAUGUAGUCAAGCAUAGCAGUGAGAAAAAUUUAGCAACCAAAUUGGAAGAAUGUGAAGUUAUAAACGAAGUGGAUUCUAAAGAAGCUUCUCCAGAAAACCCUUGUGUCGUUAAUAAUGCAGAAUCUAGUUUUUCUGAAAAGGCUGCUUCCCCCGUGUCCAAAGGAAUAAGUGGAGUUGAAUUCCAUUACGAAAAAGAACUGGAAGAAGAUACAGUUGAUGAUGGUAGUGCUGCCGAUGUUGAUAAAAAUGCUGAUGAAGUUGUUGACAAUAAAUCAUGUCAUGAAGAACAGCUUGUGAGUGAUAGAACUGUUGAAGCUGCGGACAAAAAGAGCAUACCCAGUAGUAUCAUUCAAGAAUGUCCUGAUCACCAGGAUACACCCAAUGAUGGGCCAGAAUUGCAUGAGAAAAUGGUUGCUAACAAUAUUGAUGUGGAUAUCGAAAAUAAGAUGGUGGGUGGCAAUAUGGACUUACAAAACACGGUUUGUGAAUUUCGGGAAGGCUUUUCUGAACGUGAUUCUAGUUCAGAAUUAGUUGCUCCCAAAAAGGGCAUUGAUGAGGAAGAUGAUAUUUACGAUCAUGUAUUUGAACCAGGUUCUGUUCUUGUUGAGUAUGGAAGAACUGAAGCAUGUCUUUCGGCAGCACAUUGUCUACAUGGACGUUUCUUUGAUGGCAGAAUGGUGACAGUGGAGUAUGUUACCCUCAGUUUAUAUAAGGCAAGGUUUACAAAAUGAGCAUUUCAAAGUGAGUGGUAAAUUGGUUACAUGAUGAACAUAAUUUAGUAUUGCAUGAUUGUGCAAGAAUGAAUGAAUUAAUCUGAUUGGUUAUGUUAGCAUGCCUCCUGGUAUAAAAUAUAUUGGAACAUGUUUUUAACAUUCAGAUUUACCUUGCUGAUGUUUAGUAUUUUAAACAUUUGGAGUGGGAAAAAGCUUAAUUGAGCAAUUUCAAAUUGAGAUAAAUGCAGUAGCAUGCAUGCAUCAAAUCUGAUUACGAUUUUUCUCUUUUUAGGUUGGGCAUAUGAUGAAAAUUUAUAUCGUACCAAAUGUUUUUUUAACUGUGGUUAGACUUUGAGCUGGUGGUCUCAUGCUAUUUGGAGAUAUUCAUUGUAUAAGGUUAUGUUGCAUUACAAACUGGUUGUAUCGUAGUUAUUUUUAGAUGCUAGUUCCAGGGCCAUACUUUUU